CACACCAUGCCAUGCAAUGAAUGGGGUGCUACUUGACUGACCACACCACCUUCCUUCAUCCCUUUCAACCCUCUUAUCUUAUAUGUCUUUACUCAUCAUCCAACUUUUUUAGCUGAAACUUGGCCAAGUUGCUCUUUAACUUUUGAUUAGUCUUACUCUAACACACUCUUUCUUCUCUAGACCACCUCACCAAUAUUAAAGCCUUCACUCCAUCUCAAUACAGUUCAAUCUCUUCUCCAAUCUUCCCUUCUCCUUCCUACAUACUCGGAGUAAUUAAGGCAAAAAGACUUGAGGAAUUAGUACCGUUUCUUCCAUGGGAGCAUGCUUGGGGACCACGCAUAUUAAAGCUGAGAGCCUACUUAACACUGGAUUAAGUUCAAAGCAUGUGAGUGCUGAUGCAAAAGAUCCAAGUAAUAAGGAUCCCGGUGAUCAGAGCAGAACAAGUAGUGAAGUUGCUGAUGAUCUUAGUAGCCAAAGUAGUAAGGUCUUAGAGGGGUCAGCACCUCAAACUCCGCGGAGCGUGUGUGAGAUCGUGCAGUCAUCUAAUCUGAAGAGCUUUCCGUUGACAGAACUUAAAGUUGCCACCAGAAAUUUCCGUGCAGAUAGUAUGAUGUUAGGAGAAGGUGGUUUUGGAUCAGUCUAUAAGGGCUGGAUUGAUGAACACUCACCAUCUGCUGCUAAACCUGGUACAGGCAUUGUUGUUGCUGUGAAAAGGCUUAAUCAGGAUGGCUCCCAAGGUCACAAGGUGUCGUUGGCAAGGCAUGGUAUAAUUCAAGAAGCAAGUCUUGAGGCUGAAGUCAACUAUCUAGGCCAGCUUUCUCAUCCUCAUCUAGUGAAGUUGAUAGGGUAUUGCCUUGAAGAUGAAAACCGCCUUCUGGUCUAUGAAUUUGUGCCUCGUGGCAACUUGGAGAACCACUUGUUCAGGAGAGGUUCAUAUUUUCAACCUCUUUCUUGGAGCCUCCGUUUGAAGGUUGCUCUUGGUGCUGCCAAAGGCCUUGCAUUUCUUCACACUGAAACAAAAGUGACAUACCGGGAUUUCAAGACUUCAAGUGUCUUGCUAGAUUCAAAUUACAAUGCAAAACUUUCUGAUUUUGGAUUGGCAAAGGACGGGUCAACAAGUGAAAAAAGCAAUGUCACCUACGGAUAUGCAGCUCCAGAAUACCUAGCCAAUGGUCACCUCACUGCUAAGAGUGAUGUCUUCAGUUUUGGAGUUGUUCUACUGGAAAUUCUAUCAGGCAAACGUGCUUUUGACAAGAACAGACCACAAGGGCAACACAAUUUGGUAGAAUGGGCAAGACCCUACCUAGCAAACAAGCGUAAGCUUUUACGUGUGUUGGAUACUCGCCUUGAAGGACAAUAUGAAUUAGAGGAAGCUUAUAAGGUAGCUAUUCUCUCCCUAAGGUGCCUUUCAACAGAAGCAAAGUUGAGACCAUACAUGGAUGAGGUUGUUGCAUAUUUGGAGAAGCUACAAGCUCCCCAUGUAAAUAAAAGCAACAAAAAUCAUUUACGCAGAAAAAGUGCUGAUGAUUUUAUCCCUGUUAGAACCAUCAAAGCUCAUCUCCACCCCACUGCUUCACUGCCUUGUACACUAUCCUUAGCAUGAAAGUUAGCAAUGUUGUCUAAUAUAUUGUACACAUCUUAUCUAGUGUUUGUAAAAGUUAAAAUAGGUGGCAAUGCAAUGUAUUUUGCUCUGUAGUUUCAUAAUCUAUACUGUUACACUUGCAAUGUGCUGCUUUCACAUAAGGGAAUAUAAGUUGAUUAAAUGUUAA